UGAACCGGCCCAUGGGGGCGGGGACCAGAAAAGGAGAAAGGGCAAGGACAGAGGAGGUCUUUAUUUGUUCGUUUUCAAGACUGAGCUCACAGCCCUUUAUCUGCAGACCGGUUGGCGCACCUGCCUGAGGCACUCUGUCGGCCUCGGGAAGAGAGAAGAGCGGAGGUGCCUUUUGGCCGGUCUAGGCUUCCUCUCGUCUGUGUGGUUCCCCGGCCCCAAACCAUAGAGCCGCAUGGCUUCCGCGGUCUGGGGGAGUGCCCCCUGGUGGGGCCCGCCGCCCCCGGCCCCAGCCCGCCCGCUCACGGACGUCGACUUCUGCUCCGGAGCGCAGCUCCAGGAACUGACCCAGCUCAUCCAGGAACUGGGAGUGCAGGAGAGCUGGAGAGACGGGCCCAAGACGGGCCCAGACCUCCUCCGGGCCAAGGACUUCGUUUUUUCUUUACUCGGUCUGGUUCACCGCCGAGACCCCCGUUUUCCGCCCCAAGCAGAGCUCUUGCUGCUUCGUGGCGGGAUUCGCGAGGGCUCUGUGGAUCUGGGGCCUUCACCCCUAGGCCCCUAUGCCCGGGGACCUCACUACGACGCCGGCUUCACACUGCUGGUGCCCGUGUUUUCUCUCGAUGGCAUCGGGCAGGAGUUGCAACUGGACAUGGAAUCCUAUUAUGCCCGGCUCUGCCUCCCGGAAUCGAUGCAGGGAACCUCGGUGCGAAAGGCAUGGCAGGACUGCCUGGGACCCCCAGUCCCAGGAGGACGCGACUCGGUCCACCGCACCCAAAGCGAACAAAGUCCCCAGGAUCAGCAAAGCUCCGUGGACCAACCGCCCGGUGACGUCACCGAGCUGGACCCGCACGUGUCUUUGGAAAAAUCACCGAGUAACCGUUCGGGGCCCGAGUCGCCUCGGCCAGAUGUAACCGACCUUGGCUUUCCCGCAUCCCCGAAAGAACUGGGCGGUGACGUCACCAAAGCAACCACGGAGAGUCCCGCACCGCCGCUGUCGGAGGCUCCGGAGGCGUGGCCCACAUUGUGCCCGGCCAAGGUGGCUGCGUGGUUCUUUGCUGUGCUGGCUGAGGUCGCCGAGUCCCUGAUCCCGGUCCCUGGUGCCCCGCUAUUGGUCCACGCAGCCCGCCACGCGGGAUUCACCACCAUCCUCCUGGCUACUCCAGGGCCCCCACGCCGGCUCCUGCUUUUCGACCUGAUCCCCGUGGUGUCCGUGAAUGGCUGGCCCGAGGGGGCUCGGAGCCACUCGUGGGCCGGCCCGCUGGCCUCCGAGUCGUCGUCCUUCUACCUGGUACCGGGCGGAGACCCAGAGCGGCCGGGCGCUUCCGGCUGGCAGCUGUAUCUGGCGCGGCCGGAGAAUGCCGGCGCCUGCUGCCUGGGGCUGCUGUUUGAGCUGAGCCGUGCGCUCGAGGCCGGGACUCUGCCCCACUAUUUUCUGAGCGGCCGAAAGCUCUGGGCAGGGGACAGCGCGGCUGCGCUGCUUACGGCGUUGGCCCGGCUUCGUGGGGACCCUGCCCGGGCCCUGUGCGCCACGGUGGAGGAGGCCAAGACUGCGCGCAAGGGGGGCGGCUUGGCUGGUGUGGGAGGCGGGGCCCAUUAAGGACUCCUACCAGCGUGGAAAGUCCCUCACUUGGGAGACACUGAGCACCCUGGACCCAAAAUUCCGUUCAAGAAGGCAUCCUUGCGGUUCCCUCCCAUCAUUCCACUCGCCUCGCGCUCCAUCCCGGGUACAGGUCUUUCCCGUCUGGCUUCUCUGCUCUCCAAACCUGUGGCCAGCAUCCCUCUUGCCCUAGUACAGCCUCUAGCAACUAUCUUCCCCCAGUUCUUACGGUCUCUUCGGAGUCUAUAGGCGGGAGGGGGAGGAUAAAUGGAAAGGAGAGCAGUAUGGAGAUCAGAGACAGACUAAUUUGUCUCACACAAAAGCAAUCAUAUUAAGGAGGCCGGAUUUCGCCCCAAGCUAGAUCUCGACUCCCUCCCCCCAAUCUCUUCAGUUAUUACCCCCACUUUCCUCAUUUAGUUCUGUCCUCCCAUCCUGGGCCGUAGGGUCCCUUCACUCUCUGGGUGCCCACCCUUCCAUUGAUCUUAAGCCCCAUCUCCCUCCCCUCAUCCAGGGUUCCAUUCAAUGGAGUCACCUUGGUUCCUCCUCCUCUGAACACCCAGAUAUGCGGCCCUGCCUCUAAGUCCAUCCCCACUCCCUGCCCCUAAGGAACCCCAGGGUUCCUCCCGCCCAACUUCACCCCCUUUUCCUGGCGUCUCCGCCCCCUGCCCCGCCCCCAGGCUGGCUCUUGGAGAAGCGCGAGCUGCGGUUGCGAUUGCCGCGGCCGCCUCAGCUUCCCACUGUCGCUGCUGCUACUGCUGCCACCUCUACCGCCGCUGCACUUGGUCCAGCCGCCAGGCCGUGCUCUGAUUUUGCCGGACCAGGGCGCUCUGCGGGGACACCUUCACUCUUCUGGGGGCCCAGGACGCCUAGCCAGGCGUGGAGGGAAGCUCCGUUUGCGGGGGACAGGGAGGGAGGAGCCUGGAACCCGGGCCAGCACCACCCGUCGCGGGAUCUACAAGACAGGACAGGUUGAGGGGCGUCGGGGAAAAGGGGGUUGCUAUAGGUAGUCCCAGGGAGGAGGAGGAAGCCCUGUAGCAGCGAUGCGCUCAGAUUUGUAGGGGGCCUGUUCACAUUUGGGAACUGGUGACAGGGGCGCACUCUUUUGCGGGGCUGGUUGGAUUGGAGGGUGUGGGAUCUAAACAGCACCCGCUGUUCCUGAGGAAAUUAAGGGGCGGCCAGAGAAGAAAAAAACCACCACCAAAACGGAUGCUCCUUAUUUCCAGUUGACAGAGGGCCCCCCAGACACCUACCUGGUGUAUCCACCAGGAAGGGUGGAUUUGGAGGUGACUUCAAAAAUAGUGGAGGGUAACAUGGGCUCAGCAAUUUGAACCCUGAGCCACUAGAAAUGGGGGUGACUUGGUGAGA